CAUUGCUGUCGGAGGCCGCCGAGAAGCAGGCGCCUUUGAACAGGGUGGGCGAGGGCCGGGCCCCGCCGGGCCGCUGCGGGAAGCGGGCCGCUGCGCAUUUUCUCACUACCCCCGCCUCAGUCGCUGGAAUUUCGAGGGAAGAGGAAUUGCCGCGGGGGCAUGAAGGGCUCCUGAAAGCAGAAAUGCGGGUGUUUACUUGCGACCCCCGCCCCCUCCCCCUAACUCAGGCUUGUGGUGGGGCCCCGGGGGCUCGGUGUGUUUUCAGCGAACUGGCUUUGACUCUGGAGGGCGUGUUUGCGUGGGAAGGCCUGUUGGGGGUGGGGGGUGGCUGUCAGUUCGUAUUUCAUGAAGUAAGAAAAUGCUUAGUGUUCAAACUGGGCAGCAAAUGUCAAUAGACUCCAUUCCAUUGUGGCCGGUGUCCUUAACUUGGGGAGUGCCGCCAGAGCUUACCAAGGGCACACAAGUCCAUUUCCCCUGUGCCCCGGGCCCCUCCGUGGUGCAGGCACUGCCAUGCCUCCCUUAGGCCUAGGCAGAACUGGCAAGGCCAGUGACCAGUGUCCUCCUUAAAUAGACAUACUGGUCUUUCAAAGGUGGGCUAAGGGAGUUUUUCAUACACUGAGUUUUCUUUUUGAAAACAAAUUUUCAGCGAAAUGUAAAUACUCGUUUACAGCAGGCGAACUUUACCUAUCCAGAUGAUUCAGAGCUGGUUUUUAAGGAAUUCUCCCUUCAGAGGGGGGACAGUCACUUUUUUGGCUUCUCCUCCCCACAGUCCCACGGUUUCCCCUUCUCUGAAGCACCCACCAAUGCUGCCUAGCCCAACAAGUUCAAAUGAAUGAUAGUUUCUGCAGCUCUGUACACUUAGCAUUCUGUAACUUCAAGUUUCCCUUUUUCAGUGGCAAUGAUAGUGAAAAACAUUUAAAAGAUACAGUUUUAUAGAAGAGGGUGCUUUUUUUUUUUCUUUUUAGGUUUUAAAGGUAGAAAUAUGACAGAUACCUUGUUCAAAUAAUUAAAAAUUAAAACUAAAGGUUUUUAAUUGCAUUUGCCCUCCCUAGGCUUAAGCAUUAGAUUAUUCAGAGUAGUUUGAAUGGUCAAAGAUAGCUGAAAUGUUUUAGUAGUACAGAUCUUUUUCUGUUCCUUAAGGCUUCAUAAAAACUUAGAGUUAAUUUCUUCCUUGCUUUAAAUCCUUUUAUUUGAGGUAUAAAUUGUAGCCUUUAUUCUUUUUCCUAAAUAUGCAAAGUUUUGUUUAAUGUGAAAUUCACAUAAUGUGAAAUUUUACUCUUGAGCACAUCUUUAGUUAAUGUACUUGUAGAGUUGCUUUUAUGAAUCACCUUUACUGGGUUCUUUGUAAACCAGUUACAAUAUCUAGAAUCUCCUCACUUAACAUUUGAAUGCAUCAGUGGUAAAAUAAGUUUCUGAGCAGGGGUAAAGGCAAAAAAAAAAAAAGGAAAAAAAGCAUCAUUGGGUUUGACAUGGUUAAAAGUAGCAAAAUAUUCUUCAAAGCUUUGAAAUUCAUGUCUGUUUUAAAUAGCAUAACAUAUCAUCAGAUUUGAUUUUUACUUUUUUGGUGAAUAGUGGAUUUUUAUGGCCUUUACAAAAUGAUUUGUUCUGUCUUUUUCACAUACUUUUGAGAAGGUGGAUUUUUUUUUUUUAAGGAAAGAACAAUGUAGCUACAAUAUUAAAAUUGGAAAGUAAUUAAUUUUAUUUUAACCCAAUUUUUAUUUUUGCCUUUUAUUCUUCAGUUCUUAUCAAUGUAUUUUUAUGUUCUUGCAUUGCUGAUUGCAUGUUAUUUGUAUUUAGCUUUUUUUUUCGUUAGUAUUGAUAUGUAUAUAUGGUUUCUACUCGUAUUGUUGGCAUUUGGGUUUCCGCUUUUUUGUUAUUAUAGAUAAUUGUGCAGUGAACAUCUUUACACUAAAGCUUUUUUGCUUCAGUGUAGUUAUUUCCUUUGAGAACGUUCCCAGGAGUGACAUUACGAGGUCAAAGGGCUUCAAGAUUUUUACGGCUCUUGCUCACUGCCGAAUUGCUCCUCAGAAGAUUUGUAUUAAUUUCCAGUGCAGAGAAGGUGGAUCUUCUUUAGAAUGGCUUCUUUGUAGUUUGUCAAACACUGGAGGGCAUUUUGAAGGGAAAAGUUGCCUUUACUGUGAAGUGCACACAUUAAGUGCUUUUGUUAGUUACCUGAUUGUUUACAUUGGAGUUUGAGUUUGAAUUUGUUUCCUCUGGGGAUUUAAUAAUGUGUGUGAUGGUGCUUGGAGAACUGUAGCUGUUAACACUAGUGAGGAUACAUAGUUUAUCUGUUGUACUAAUACUUCGACCUGGUAAGUACAGGAAUGAAUGUAGUGGGGAAGUGUUUUUAAAGCUUUUUUGUUUUUAUUUUUUACCUUCUUUCAUCUAAAAGUGUUUUUUAUUAGCUGCUAGUCUGUAACCAGCCCCUGGUGGCACUGUGGUUAGGGGUUCAGCUGCUAACCAAAAGGUCAGCAGUUCGAAUGCACCAGCCACUCCUUGGAAGCCGUAUGGGGCAGUUCUGCUAUGUCCUUUGUGGUUGCUAUGAGUCAGAAUUGAAUUGACAGCAGUGGGUUUUUAGUCAGUACCCAGGCCCCAGUUGUGCAGUGGUUAGUCGUUUGGCUGUUAACCAAAAUGUAAAGCAGUUCAAAUCCACCAGCUGCUCCUUGGAAACCCUAUGGGGCAGUUCUGCUCUGUCCUAUAUAGUCGCUAUGAGUCAGAAUCGACAUGACAGCAAUGUAUUUAGUUAUUUUUGGUAACUUUUAUGUGAUUUCAUGGCACUGUUGAGAACUGUCACUAGUUAGCCCAUGUUUCUUCUACUUCAACAUUCCCUUCAAUAUUUUGAAAAAUAAUGAUUUACUAAUCCUAUUACCCCAAUUCUGAUCCUAAAUAGUAUAGCUGGAUUUCUUUGGAUACAGGAUUCAGUGUGAGUAAUUUUUUUUUUCUUUUAAAUUCUUAGUAAUUUUCAGCUGAGUACUUUCACUGCUUCUUUCUCUGGAGGCAUUGCAACUUAGAAAGUAUAUUACAAUUUAGGGUCAUUGUUCAUCAUGUUCCAUUUAAUGAUCAGUGAGAUGUUCAUCUCUUUAAAUUAAAAGUCUUCUGGACGGGCCUAAAACGUCUACAUUUAUUCCACACGUAAAUUUACUGAGUAUCUACUAUGUACAAAGCAGGUGCUUGACAUACAUCAGUGAAUAAAACAAAGGUAGCUACCCUCCUAGAGCUGACAUUCUAAUGUGAGGAAACACAAUAAAAAAGAGGGAUUAAAGUAGCAAACUAUAUAUAACAUAAGGGAGCAGAGGAGAGCAGAUUACAAAUACAGCGAAUAUACAGAAGUUGUCAAGGAUUUCAUUUUACUUGGCUCCACAAUCGAGAGCCACGGAAGCAGCAGUCAAGAAAUCAAAAGACGCAUUGCAUUGGGCAAAUCUGCUGCAAAGGACCUCUUCAAAGUGUUGAUGAGCAAAGAUGUCACCCUGAAGACUAAGGCGCUCCUGACCCAAGCCAUGGUAUCUUCAAUCGCAUCAUAUGCAUGUGAAAGCUGGACAGUGAAUAAGGGAGACCGAAGAAGAGUUGACGCUUUUGAAUUGUGGUGUUGGUGAAGAAUACUGAACAUACCAUGGACUGCCAAAAGAACGAACCAUCUGUCUUGGAAGAAGUGCGGCCAGAAUGCUCCUUAGAGGCAAGGAUGGCAAGACUGCAUCUUACGUACUUUGGACAUGUUGUCAGGAGGGAUCAGUCCCUGGAGAAGGACAUCAUGCUUGGCAGAGUACAGGGUCAGCGGAAAAGAGGAAGACCCUCAACGAGGUGGAUUGAUGCAGUGGCUGCAACAAUGAACUCAAGCAUAAUAACAAUUGUAAGGGUGGCACAGGACUGGGCAGUGUUUCCUUCUGUUGUGCAUAGGGUCACUAUGAGUCGGAACCGACUCGUUGGCACCUAACAACAACGGCAUACAGAAGGGACUAGGUUGCAAUUUUACAUGGGCUAGGGUGGGCCUCUUUGAAAAGGGGACAUUUGAGCAAAGAUUUGAAGGAGGCGAGGGAGUUAGCCACUUGCUUUUUAUCUAAAACAGUCAUAACAAACGUGGCUUUGUUUGUAAUUUUUGAGGUUUAAACUACAUUAUCCUUUGUUAAUUUUUUAAUGUGGGUAUUGAUAAUAACUAAUGUUGAGGUUACCCAAAAAAGUUAAUUGAUGUUUAGGUCUCUAGAGGUGAACUGUAGAUGGCUGUGUUGUUAACAAAAGAAACACACUGGGCUUGUUUAUUUUACCUAAUUAGUUUAAUGUUCAAUGCAAGUACCUAAAGAAAAUACACUUUUUAAAGGUUAGACAAAAACCCACAUUGAGUUGCUUAUCUUGGUUUGUGAAAUAAAAAAGUAAGGCUGUAAUUGCUGGAAUAUUUUGCAUUCUGAACCAGUGAAAACAUUCAUGGUAUCAGUCAUGUUUGGUGUUCUUUUUUGUUUAAGUGUAAACUUGUAUUUUCUCAUUAGAGAGACAGUUAAUAAUUUUACUCAGGGGAUGGUAACUCAUAUCAUAGCUAUUUAAUGGCCGUAUCUUUCAACUUAAAGGAGUAUUUGAUUUUUUUUUUUUUGUCCUAAAUAGCUACAACAGUGUUAGAACUGUUUUUCAUCGUCACGAGGUGUGUUUCUGUACCUUGAUAAGGAUUUUAUGUUUUUAGCAGGUUUUUUCCUAGAAUUGUAAUUUCUAUUUUGGGUAGUUACUAGUAGUGUUUCGAUAGUAAUAAAGAGCUGAGCCUGAACUAUUUCAAAUGAUUGUUUUAACUUCAGUGGGAGAUGUAAGUAGAAUUUAUUAGCAAGCCUAUGUGCCACUCUUUCUUUUUAAGUGAAAUAAUUUUUCUGAAACGUAUCUGGGUCAUCUGUGACUGUUACCAUACUUAAGUUUUAAUAGGAUGCUACAGUGGUCCGUUUUAGCAAGAGUGUUACUGAAUUGUAAAUGGAAUUUGCUAAAAACAGUUAAUUCCAACAGUAUAUAGCCCAUUAAAAGAAUACCAUUUUCUGUUGAGGCCUUUUUGUCUCCUCAGAAGUUAGAUUUCAAAAGUAGGGAUGUUUUUCUUAGAAAAGUUACUCAUUGGUGAAUAUAAAGGUAGUAUCAAGCCUUUGAAAGGUUGCAGCAUCUAAUCUAGAAUUUGUGAUGUAGACUCUUGAACCCAUAAGCUUUACUAGCUAUAGUUAUGAUUGAAAAUAGGUUGACCUGUAUCUUAGUGUGUCUUUUAAUAUCCUUAAGUAUAUUUUAAAAUACAUACUUUAAUACAUAAGUACAUUAAAUGUGUGUUUCUAUUCAAAACUAAUUUGUUCUGCUUUUGAAGAUGCAUAUUUUGUGUAGAACAUAAAAACCAAAAAACCAAACCUAGUAUUCUUCGUUAAGAUCUAUGCCUAGCAAAGCACAUUUGCAGUAAGCCACUUUUAUAUAAAAGCCAAUUCAUUUGUUAGUUCAUUCAUUAAAGAGAUUUUGUCGUGUGUGUGUGUGUGUGUGUGUGUGUGUGUGUGUGUAAGGUAUUUGGUGCCUUGGGGCAUACAGACGUGCAGAGUAUGGUCCUUGAUCUUAAACUGCUUAUAGUAUAAGAGAUAUAAUUCAACUUUAUUUUACCACAAUAGAAAUUUUAAAAAUUAAAAAAGUGAGAUAUACUUGAACCGGUGACCAGAACACAUUUAUGCUUGAAAUUAAUAGAGGAAGUGUUUAUAUAAAUAUUGCCUCAUUUAUAUUUGAAAGUUUUGUCUCAUAUUAAGUAUUCAUUGUAGAAAAGUAAGCUGGUGCAGAAAAGCAAAAAAAAAAAAAAAAACCUUAAAAUCACUCGUAAUUUUAGCACUGAGCUAUAACCCAUUAGAAGCUUAGUGUACAUCUUUCUAGGCUCUUUUAUGUAUGUAAAGUGUACAUGUGUUAAAAUGGAACUAGGUGGUACAUACUGUUUUGAGAUCAGUAAUAUAUGUCAUCUUCUUAAAUACAUAUUUUUCCUAAAACUGUAAAAUUUUAAAGCUGAAUGAUGUAACAGGGAAUCUCAUUUAAAAAAAAAAAAAGAAAUCUAAACUUUGAGAGAUUAGGAGACUUGCCCAAAACAGUGUUUUGUGAAAUUUUUAUUACGUCUUUCUUUAUAUAAACAUACGUAAACAAGGUCAUGCUGGGUAUUUUAAAGAAUACCCAGUUGUAGACCUUACCCAUCCAGGAUAUCUUUUUGUAACCUUGAGUUUGGGUGGCUAAAAUAGGAAAUCAAGUUCCUUUGUCUUUAAUAUAGGUAAUUCUUUAUAUAUGUGGUGUGAAAUCUGAAUUUAAACGUUUAAUCCUUGGUUUUUAAAGAUUUGGUAUUGUCAGUCUGGAUUUAGCCUCACGUUUUUUUUUUUUUUUUUUGCUGAUAAUUACUUAUGAUCGUGUUCACAUAGAAUAUUCAUAUAGAAGUUUUUCUAUAUCCUUUAUUUAAAAAAAAUUAUAUGAAUUGUUUAUAAGUUAAGCCUUGAAGUUGAGUCAAGGGGCUAUAAAGUGUCAAUUUCAUGCCGUAACUAAAAGCUAACUACAUUUUGGGAAUUGGGUAAAAUAUUUUUCUAUAACAGAAUCUUUUGUAAAGUCCGCCAAUUUGUGGUAUGUAAAUAUAAGUGAAUGUAGCUUAUUUUUAUUAAGUGUAUCAGAACUUUAGGAUGUUAUCCUCUUGAAAGUCUUACCUUGGGAAUCUUUAAGUGUUGACAUUGGUCAAAUAUUUUUGAUUGCCACUUUUCAUGUUGCUUUUAUAAAUCGUUUAAAAAAUAUUCUUAGCUUAGUUGUGAUCUUUGGGAUAAGAGAUGUAAAGCCAAAGUCAGAAUUAAUCUUGAUUUUGGUUUUAGUUAAAAAAAAAAAAAAAAAAUUUUUUUUUUUUUAAUAUUGUGUUUCAGGUGAAAGUUUACCCAGCAGAUUAGAUUCCCAUUCAACAAUUCAUAUACAGAUUGUUCCAUGACAUUGCUUACGAUCCCCGUACUGUGUCAGCACUCUCCCAGUUUCCACCCGGCCUGCCCUGUUUCCAUCUAUCCAGUUUCCCUCCCCUCCUUGCCUUCUCAUUGCUUUUGUGUAAAUGUUGACCAUUUGGUCUCGUAUAGUUAAAUUGUUUAAAGGAGCAUGUUCCUCAUAAGUGUUAUUGUUUAUUUUAUAAGCCAGCCUGAAAGGUGACCUCCGAGAGUGGCUUCAGUUCCGGGUUAAAAGGAUGUCUUAGGAUGGUAGUCUCAGGGGUUCCUCUAGUCUCUGUCAGUUCAGUAAGUCUGGUCUUUUUUAUAAAUUUAAGUUUUGCUCUGCUUUUUUCUCCCAUUCUGACUGGGACCUUCUAUUGUGUCCUGGUCAUAGCAGUUGUUAGUGGUAGCCGGGUACCAUCUAGUUCUUCUGGUCUCACGUUAGAAGAGGCUGUGGCUCCUGUAAGCCAUUAGUCUUGUGGACUAAUUGCUUCCUUGAGUCUUUGGUUUCCUUCACUCUCCUUCCCGAGUCACUCUUCUUUUGGGAAGAGACCAAUAGUUGUAUCUUAGGGAAAGAAGUUAACUAGUUUCAUCCCUGAAACAUACUUGAAAACCAGGGAGAGAGGAAGACUUCAGGCCUUUGUGCUGAAGCUUGUGCAGAUUACAGAGAGCUCCUCAGGGCUUCUGCAGAGCUUAUUUACUUCCCUUAGAUUCUGCCCAGCUUGUUUCUGACAGAUGACCAGCAAGUUAGAAAGGCAAAACAUUCAGAGGCAAACAUAUGGACAGCAACAAGAAACAAUAAUAUUGUGAUAGAAAGUUAAGAAACGGGAGAAGUAUUAAAAAAGUGUAAGAGGUAAAAAAAAAAAAAAAAAUGCCAUCCUGGGGGUUAUGACUGUGACUUUAUAGCACUAUGCCUCAGUAGGCCCCCGGGGUAUCACUGUUUUAUAGCACAGCAUAGCUAAUUGAUGCGCUCAUAAUGGUGCCUCCUAAGACAAGGUUAUAUUGUUUUUCAUAUCUUUCAAAGAAGUAUUUUUGUAAACUGCAGGUCAUGACCCUUUAGUAGGUUGUGAAAUCACUUUAGUGGGUCAUGACAACCAUUUGUAGAAAAACGAAAAAGAACGGAAAGUACUAGCAUACGUUGCAUUGUUAAGGGGAAGCAUUGUUUGAAGCAGCUUCUGUUUCAGUAAUGUGUGUAUAUGUAUACAUACACACGCAUACUUCAUUGCGGUAUAAAAUGUAACUUUUCCUCAGUGUAGACAAGAAGCCUCUGCUUCAGAGGCAGUGAGGUGCAGUAAGGGAUUAAGGGAGAGUUUUGGAUUAAGAGAGGGCUUUGAAGUUUCGUCUAGGCUAGGGUUUGCCAGAUUUCACAAAUAAAAAUACAUCCACUUAUAUUUUAACUCCUAAUAAACAAUUACUACUUUUUUUUGAUGUAAAUACAUCCCAUGGGACAAAAUUAUUUGUUGUUCAGCUGAAAUUCAGAUUUAACUGGGCAUCCUGUAUUUUAUCUGGCAACCUUAAUCUAGGCUAGAAUCAUGGUUCACCACUUAGUAACUAAAAUUUAAGCUUGGUGAGGGAAGGCGCUUUGUUUUUUCACUGCUAUAUUUCUCUCUGAGAACCGAGCACGCAUGGCACUUAGUAGGUAAUUAGAUAUUCGAAUGAAUGAAUGAUGUUGGGCAAGUUACUCAAUCACUUACUCCAUCUCAGUUUCUGUAUCUAUUAAAAGGGGAAAAGAAUACCUUCCUCAAAAAGCGCGAUACCGAAGGCUUGAUACAUUCCAUUCUUGGCCCCUAAUAGGCUCUUGAUUUAGAGUUACACAGAUUUCUUUAGUACCCAUUCUGUAUACAAGUGAAGAAACUAACGCCAAAGAGAUUAUUUACCAGAGUCUCCCAUCAUUGGCUACAUAGCUGGCAUUAGAUUCUAGUCUACUGCUCUAACAUAUUUCUUAAGACUUUUCAAAAUUUGAUGUUUAUGCAGUUAUCCGAGAAAAGAUGCCCCUAUGCAGAAGAAAUCAUUUUCUGAGGGUUCCAGUUACCAUAGGCUCCACUUCGCUUUGCUGUUCUCUCUCCCCCCGCCCCCCACACAUAUGUUUCAAGUGGUAGAGUGUCUCUUUAGUCCUUUUAACUUAGAAACUUGAAGCCAAAGUGCGGGUCCUCCGUAGUAUUGCUAUUAGGCAUUUCCUUCCUUUCCUCUGUGACUAUCCUGCUCUGAUCCUUAACCUAGAUGGCAGAUAGCUUUUGCAUUGUUUGCCACUUCUGACUGAUGGAGUGUUAUGUACAGGAUUCUGAGAUUUCAUUUAGCUUUAGUUGGAGGGUGAGGAAGGGGUACCUGAGGGUAUUUGCUGACUGUAGCAUAGCCAGCCUCCCUUUUGGUCUUUCCAUGUCCGGAAACUUUCUAUUUUUAAGUUACCCUGCACACACACUCCAUAGCUAGAAUGAUCUCCCCAAAACCUCUUUCAUUAUGUUCCUUUUCUGCUCAGAAACUUUGAGUGGCUCUCAGUACUGGCUGGGUCAAAGCCAUCCCCCGCCUCCCGCCCCGACUGAGCACGACGCCAUAUUUAUUCUCCAGCAGGAAACAGACUCUUCUGCCAGUCUUGUCUUCUUGUCCUCGUAAACGUAGGUCUUACCUUCAAGGUUUAGCCCAGAUCCUGUGUUGCAUAGUGUCUCACUGUAUUUGUCCUGGGAAAACGUGGCUCCCUGUGGUAUUCAAUGCCCAGUGCCUUGUGUUGCAGUGCACAGCUACACCUCUUACAAACUCAUCUUAGGAUGAGCUCUGAGAUAGGAGCAAGCAAAGCUGCACCCCAGAACAAAAGCAGGCCAACUCUACCAGCCACCAAGCUGCCCUUUUUUUUUUGGUGGGGAGGGAGAUGAUUAUGGUUACAGUCAGCUAUCUGUUUCAUUUUUAAAAAUCUCUGUGUGUUUACUGUGCUUGGGCUUAGUUUGUUGUUAUUAAAGUUGUCAUAUUGAACAAGUGCAGCAGCAGUGGGUAUUGACAAUGCUCAUCAGAAAAAAGCAGUCAAUUAUAGUAAAAAUGAAAGGUCUUUAAAUAAUUGAAAGCGGUAGGAAAAUGAUGGCUUGGGAUGGGACAGAUUCUGAAGGACAGCAAGCAAAGGUACCGUGUUUAUUCAGUCAAUUAUAAAUCAGCAAAAGAUAAAGAGAAUUGAUGGCUGAAGUGCAGAAACUUGGAAGUUUGCACUUAAAGAUUAAUUUGGGAGAAGGGUAACUGUAGUUAAAGUGCUACUGCUGGAACUUCUGUCAAGACUUACAAUUAGUGCUGCAGGUCCACAGUCCACUGGAUCCGGGGCCUGCAGACUCUCCAGUGACGCUUGAGAUAGUUAAGAGAAGGUUAUCUUUUGAGAAAAGAUGUCCAAUAGUACGGUCAUCACCAAGGAAAGAAGAGUAUGCUGCUUUUAAAGUUGGGUAGGGCAGACACUUAACUUUGGCAAGGUAGAAACCCAUCGGGUAUGCAAGCUUCAAAACCGCCUCCUGUCCAUUUUGGACUUAGGAACAAAUGGAUAGACAGAUGCAGGUCCCCCCCCCCCCCAUGGCUAACUGCACUGUGAUUCAGUUCACAUUGCUAGACAGUUAUUCCUUAUUGUGGUAUAUUAUAUUUUAGUUAGGUUUAUUGAGGUAUAAUUUAUAUAAUUUAGUGUAUAGUUAUUGAGUUUUAACAAACGUAUGUAGUCGUGUAGCUUCCACCACAAUCAAGGUAUCACCUUGUGAGGUUUCCUUGUGUGUGUUCUCAUUCAGUCCCUCCCCUUACCCCUGGCAAUCUUUGGUCUUUUUACUCUUUUCAUGGUUUUGUCUUUUGUACAGUGUCAUAUAGCUUUUUGUGACCUUUCAUGCAGCAUAAUUCAUUCAUCCAUGCUAUUGCCUUUAACAGUCAUUUCUUCCUUUUUAUUCGAUUACUACAUGCACGUACUACAGUUCAUCAAGCAAUGAACAUUCGAGUUGUUAGCAGUUUUUGGCUGUCAGGAAUAAAGCUGCUAUGAACAAAGCUGCUAUGAACAUUUGUGUACAAGUUUUGUGUGGACAUACAAUUGCGUUUCUCUUAGUUAAAUACAUAGAAUUGAGGUUGCUAGCUUAUCUGGCAAGUGUUCAUUUAAUUUUAAAAGUUAUUGCCAAACCGUUUGCUAAAGUGGUUGUCCUAUUUUGUAUUCCCAUCGGCAGCAUAUGAGAUUUCUCAUCCACAUUCUUGCCAACACUUGGUUUGCUGAUCUUUAAUUUUAGUCAUUGUAGUGAUAUCUCAUCAUAGUUUUAAUUUGCAUUUACCCGAUACUUAAUGAAGUUGAGCAUCUAUUCUUGAGGCUAUUAACCAUUCGUAUAUCAUCUUUUGUGACAAAAGAAACUACUUGAGCUUGGACUUGCUUGGAAGUGAAGAAGCUUCUGUGUUUGUAUUGCCUUCCUUCUAGACUUUAAGCAUCUUGAGGGCAGGGACAGGUGCCUUGUACAACUUUGUGUACUUAGAAAGUCAUCAAUUAUUUAUUGACCUAAUGAACAUUGGUUUCAUUAUUAAGUAGAUGAGUUUGCCCCGCUAAGGAAAAGUUGUCAUCUAACCUCAUGAUGUUGAGGUGUUUGUGAUGUUAAUACUCACUUUUACCUUAUAAAAUCUUGGAAAAGGUGUUUUAGGUGAAGCUUUCAUCGGAAGAUAGACCCUCUUGUGGAGUAGUAUGGUGUGUUGCUAAGGGUUUCGUUCCUUUUAAUGCUUUGGGGAUAGCCAUUGGUAGCCCCAGAAAUUGGUGUGUUUGAGCAGCCUUCUGGUCUAAGCUUGUGAAAGCUGAUUAGAAUCAUAACUGAAAGGGAGGGCAACAGUUCCUGAGUGGACACACCUUGAGCUUUUUAUUCUGCUAGUGUGUGUAUAUAUAUAUAUAAUUUUAUUUGAUUGCCACACAGCCUUAUUAGGUUAUCUGUUUCCUGUCCCCAUUUUACUCAUGAGGAAUUUAAGGCCCAGAAAGGUCAGAUUUACCCAGCUAGAAAGUGGCAGUGUUGGAAUGAGUACUGUUAUAUUUAGGAUCUCUGAAAAGGUUUGUGCGAGUGAGAAUAGAAAGAGGAAACUGGUGAUGGGAAUAAGGGACAUUACAAUUGGUUUCUUACUUUAAUUGACCAGGAACUUGAGACUCUAGCAUCUCUGGGUGAAGGAAAGUACGUGAACAGACUUCUGUGGAUGAAAAGUAGAGAAGAAAAUGAGGAAUUUGCAUUUGUGACAGUUAGGGAAUUAGUUAUUCAUAGUCUAGAAAUGUUACAGGAAGUCUGCACAUUUUUUAACCCAGUCUGAAAGAUCAGGGAAUAAAUAAGAACUCCUGUUAAUUAUAUAGAACAUUUUAGGACUCAGACUAGCAUUUCUUAGCCAACUAGUAGAAAUAGCUAUUUUUGUGGGGGGAAAAAAACUUCAGAUAUCGGUGAUGUGAUAACAGUUUAUGGAGAGCUUCCUGUUUAUAUAAUGAGAGUUACCAUUUAUUGUGUGCCUGUUAGAGCUCAGGAAUUGUGCCAGGUGCAUUACUUACAUAUCUUUUCAUCCUUACAACAACCCAGCCUGUGAGGCUGGUGGUGCUAUAUCCAUUUUACAGAUGAGGAAGUGGUGGUUCAGAAAAAUUAGGGAACUUGCCCAGAGUCAGAGCUAGAAAGUGAUGGAGCUGAGAUUCUAACCCUGCAAGAAUUGAAAGCCUUUCCUUUUUUUUUUUUUGUUUUUUUCCACAGAUUUAAAAAAAAAAAAAAUUAUUUUGUUGUUGAGAAUAUACACAGCAAAACACGCACCAAUUUAACAGUUUCUACAUGUACAGUUCAGUGAUAUUGAUUACAUUCUUCGAGUUGUAAACCAUUCUCAUCCUCUUUUUCUGACUUGUUCCUCCCCCAUUAACAUAAACUCACUGCUUUUAAUAACUGUGCUCCACUGCCUAUAGUGUAAAUCCACAACAAAGCAGAAGCUGGUAAAAAUCAGUGAAGAAAACAAUGGAGCCAUUAUUUGCAGUGCAGUGACUUAAUUAAUACGGCCCUUUGAGUGAUAGUCUGUGACUCCCACAGAAUGGGUACAACUAUACAAAUACGGUGCUUGUGGCCCACCGAGGAGACUGGAGAGCCUGCUGAGAAGGCAGAUACAGUGCAUGGAACCUUUGUGGGGGUGGGACUGUGCAAAGAAAGUACAUGGAACCCUAACAAGAGGAUUGGUCAGUUUUGCCAUCCCACUAGGCUUAAAAAAGAGAGCCAAUCCCAGAGCAAGGUGCUUAAUCAUCACCAAGAAAAAGAGAUGGGAAUGGAUGUGUCCUUUGGACCUGAGGCUCCUGUACUGAGAACCUCUGGACUUACGAGACAGAGCUGUAACACUGGAGAUGGUGCAAGACAAUGAGAAGUAGUGGCCGAAAAAUGGCGGCCGCAGAAUCAGGAGACCAGUGCAAGACAACUUAGAAGGCUUCCUGAUUCACGGAGCAGGGUGGUUACAGUAGAUGUGCUGACCCAUGCAGCGGGAGCUGGGCUUCUUCAGGCAGGAGGCUUCCUGGUAGAAUAGGGUGCCUCUGGGCACUUGUUGGUGGAGCUAGGCUUGCUGACCCAGGGUAUGAGAGAGCUGAGGCUUAGUGGUGGAGUAGGGUGUUCCUGAGCACUUUUUAAUGACCUGAAGAGCUUUGUAAGACUUGCCAUAGUAGGGCAGAGGCUGGGCCCAGCCCCUCAGGCUGAGAGGCUAAGGGCCAGAGAGCGGCCUGCCUGUGGGCAUGGCUGAGAAGCUGCCCUGGGUUCCUGAUCCUGAAUUGUAACCUUGUACUUCCCUAAUAAACCCCAGAAGAGUGAGCAUGGUCUGUGAGUUUUGUGUGGCCAUUGUGAUGAAUUAUUGAACCCAGCAGAGAAGUAUAGAGUACCAUGAGAGGGAUGGUUGGUGUCAGAACCUGUGAAAAGGUUGGAGAGAGGAGAUAUGUCUCAUAGGAAUCAGCCUUGGGCUGCUGAUCCUGAUAAUGGUUCUCUCUUUCUCUUUUGAAGUUAGACGAGGAGGUCUGAUGCUGCUGCCAUGCCAUUUUUAUAGUUGGUGCCAUUUUUUACAUUACUGUUAGCCAUAAAAUGGUUUCGAUUACCUGUGCCCCUUAACCCUGGCAGUUCUCAAUUUACAAAUGGGUUUGAAUCCAGAAGUUUGUUUAUAAUUCUCUUUUUUUUUUUUUUAAUGAAAAAAAUUGAAAACAAAUGGUUUUCCACACCUUCCUAUUUGAGCAAGAUAGGGUUUUUUGGGGUUUAGUCAGUUGAAACCUGUAAUUAAUUUGCACUAAGUAGUAUGCCGUAUUGUGGGUUAAGGAGAUUUUUGUGGCUUGAUCUAAUAACCUAAACACCACUUACGAUAUUUCUAUAGGAAAAUAAGAGCGAAAAGAACUCACUUCCCCACUCUUACCCUGUGUUAGUCAUGUGAGAGGUGGCUUCAACAGCAUGUUGUUUGUUGUUAGGUACCGUGAAGUUGAUUAGUCCUCCAAAAAGAAGGAAUAUAAUAGUUGAGGAAAUAAUUUGUCUCUUGUGUGGCUUUAGGGAAAUCCUAGGUAUGCUGCAGUUGUUUGUGUGGGCCAAGCAAGCAUGUCAGGAGAUGAUACUUUUUUUUCUAUUUUCUUAAUUGCUGUACUACACUAGUUUUUCCCCAACAGUUUAGCCUAACCUAGCCUUUGCUAUCAGAGUUAAACUCUCCUUUUGUUGUGUACCCCUCUGCUCAAAUCAUGUGUUCCCAAGGCUGAGGUCCUCUUCACCUUUAAGGCUUUCCACGAUCUAACCCAGGAGUUAGCAAAUUUUUUCUCUAACGGGCCAGAUAGUAAACAUUUUAGGCUUUGCAGGCCACAUAUAGUCUCAUAUAUGGCUGUGCAUGUAUGUAUAUAUUUGUUGUUGAGAAUAUAAUAGCAGAACAUACACCAGUUCAGCAGUUUCUGCGUGUACAAUUCAGUGACAUUGAUUACAUUCCUCAUGUUAUGUAACCAUCCACAGUCUUUUGUGGUAAUUCUUUAAAAAUGUAACAAUUAUUCUUAGCUCCAGGCCAUAUAAAAACAAGCCACUGGUCCACCGGCAUUUGCAGACCCCUGAUAAAUCUCCAUUUUACCUUUCUGGUCCUAUUUCCCAUCCGCUCUUCAAAACAUGGUCUCCAUUUAGUUCAAGAUGGUCUCCUCUGCCAUUGUCCGUGGAGGUGAGAUGCUCAGCCUUUGCUCCUUGGCCGCUCUCCCAGCAUUGCUGUCCCUUCUGAGAUUCUCAUAUAUAUCCUGUAAGAUCCAGCCCAAAUCAGUCAUGAAACUAAUUUUCAUUUGUUUUUCUUUCUGUUAGCUCCUGUAGAACGUAGCCUGUUCCAUACAUGUUAGCUUUCUUAACUGAGGACUUGUUCCGUAUUUCCCAAUAGUAGCUUGCAGUAAACUAUAAUAAAAAAAAAGAGUCACAAUUUCCUUUCACCUAUUUUAUGGGGAAUGCCUAAAGUGAGUUAACAUAAAAAACUGGAAUUAGAUUUCUAGUUUUUAGUUAAUUUUCUUCUAUACAGUGGUGGUUUUUCUUGACUACAAAGAGAAACUACACAGUCAUUACUUGUCAUGAUUCAUAUAACAAAUGCUAUGGCCUUCAUUCAUUCAGUAAUUUAGAGCACUUACUAUGUGCCAGGCUCUGUUCUUAAGUCCUGAGUACACAGUGGUGAGCAACAGAUGGUAAAUAAGUGAACACAUAAUAAAUUAGAUAGUUGAGGAGAUGGGGAGCCCUGGUGGCACAGUGGUUAAGAGUUCGGCUAUUAACCAAAAGGUUGGCAGUGUAAAUGUACCAGCUGCUCCUUGGAAGCUCAGUAGGGCAGUUCUGCUUUGUCCUAUAGGGUCGCUAUGUGUCAGAAUCAACUCGAUGGCCAUGGGUUUUGGUUUUGAUGUACUCAGUAUUAAGUACUAAAACAUUGAGGUGUGGUAUUGGUUGGAGAGAGACUUUAGAUGGAGUGGUCAGGGAAGGCCUCUUUGAGAAGGUGACUGUUGAGACCCAAAUAACAGAAAGAAGCCAGCCGAGUGAACAUGGGGGCCGGGGGGACAUUGCUAUUGCUAUAACUUUACCUGAAGGAGGUCUGGGAGCAUGUGCUAUUCUUAGUAUACCAAAGAAAAUUAGCUGUAACUGUGUUGUCGUUUGCUGCUGUUGAGUUGGCUGCUACUCACGGUGACUCCAUGCACAACAGGAUCAGGUUGUUGUGCUCCAUGUUUUUUUUUUUUUUAAUGUUUUUGGUGGAAGUAUACAUAGCAAAACAGGUUCCUCUUCAACAGUUUGUGCAUAUAUUGUUCAGUCACACCGGUUACACCGUAGGGUUUUCAUUGGCUUAUUUUUGGGAAGUAGAUUGCCAGGCCUUUCUUCCUAGUCUGUCUUAUUCUGGAAGCUCUGCUGAAACUAGUUGAUUGCAACAUGUAAGCCUCCACUGACACAUGGGUAGUGGCUGCCCAUGAGCUGCGUUGACAGGGCAUUGAACCCGGGCCUCCUGUGUGGACGGUGAGAAUUCUGCCACUGAACUUAACAACUGCAUGUAAUUGUGUAUAACUAUAUGUGUGUGUAUGUGUAUACAUAUAUGUAGUUAUAACUAUAGAACUAGUCUGAUUCUGGAAGCCUGGAUCAAUAUGGCUAUAAAACUUAUAUUUAAUUAAGAUAAAAUAAAAAAUCUAGUCCUUUAGUCCUCUAGCCAUAUUUCAAGUGCUUAGUACUGGAUCAAUGAAAUAUAAAACAUUGGUAGUAUAAAUCUGCUACCCAGGCCUGUUGCAAUAGUGGCGGAAACUAGUCACUGACAUGUGGAGGCACCAAAACCAAAUGAAACCUCUUGUCGUCAAGUCGAUUCCAACUCACAUGGUGAUGAAUGAGCAGAAUGGUGACAAAUGAAGAUAUAAAAAGUUUUGUAAUUGUGUGCUGACAAUACCAAUAGAAGUUGCCUGGUUUUUUUUCCUAAUUUUGAAACAGUGAUGGAAGGAAAUUGUAUUAUAUUAUUUAACGUGUUUUAGCUAUCAAGAAUGCCACUGGAAUGUUGUGUAUAUUUUUACUUGUAAUUUCAAGUAAGAUAUGAAAAUACAAAUUUUAACUCUGCCCUAGACAUAACCUCUGAAGCUGCCUGACGAUGAGACUUUUUUCAUUCUGCUCAUUCAAUAAAUAUUUGUUAAAUGCACAGUUAAAAUUGUUACCACUUUUUAAUGGUUUCUCCUUGCCAGACUUGUUUUUUUUUAAACUUGAAUGAGGCAUAAUUGACAUGAAAUAAACUCUAGACGUUAAAAUAUAUGAUUUGUUGUUUUGACCAAAUUUAUAUGUGUCUUUUACGUUUUAUCUUAUUUGGUUCUCACAAAAACCCUGUGGCUUUUCCAUUUUACAAAUAAGCAAAUUGGGGACCAGAGUGGUUAAGUAACCUCCCUGGGGGUCACAAUAAGUGGCUGAGCCAGGGUUUAUACUGGGGUUGUCUGGAAGGUGCUAGAGUAGUCCUCUGUGUUUAAGCACUGCACUCUGGAGGACUAGUGCCCUGGCUUUCUGCGUUGCAGAUUGUCUGAGGUCUCAUCUUUACUUUAUCCACAAGCUCCUCACAUUUGUUUCUCCCUCUAUUGGUGUCUGGGCCAGAACUGCAUAACCCUUUUUCUUAUCUACUGGUUAAGGUGGAUUCUUUAUGGUGUGUGUGGUUUAGUCUAAAAAGAUCCUUUUCAUACCCUUUCUAAUGUGGCAUGAAGAAGGAAUAGUUUCUGGGAUAUCUUUUUCUGCCUUUUUGGCUGCCCGGUUCUUGAGUGGUUACAUAGAAACUUCUGGAAAUAUUAAAAUUACGGGAAGAAAACUUCCUUUUUUAAAAUAACUUUUUGAGGGUAAAAUUGAAAGACAUAAAAAUUUUGAGUACUCUUUAUAGAUAUUAAGUCGUUGUUGGCUUAGCAAGAAAAAGAUGUGUAUGUUAGACCCUGUGCUGCUCAGCAUGGUAGCCACUAAGCCACAUGUGGCUAUAAAAACUUAUGUUUAAUUAAGAUAAAAUAAAAUUAAAAAUCUAGUUCUUUAGUCUCCUAGCCAUAUUUCAAGUGCUUGGUAGCCACAUGAGGCUAACGGCUACUAUAUUGGACAGUGCAGAUAUAGGAUAUUUUCGUCAUUGCAGAAAAUUCUACUGAACAACAGGGCUGGUUAGAUCAUGAAAUUGAUAAAUUCAGAUACUUAGGGAAGAAAUAAACUUUGGGUGUUGUUAGUAAUGAAAUAAUUUUGUUUUCUUCAGUUCAUUUUGUUGGGAUAUUGCCUUUCUGUUCACAUUCUAAUAGAUAAAAAAUUAUUUUUGCGUACAUAUCCUGGCUGAUGGUGGUGGUUCUUGGGUGGCAUCAAGCCGGUUCCGAUUCAUAGUGACCCUGCGUACAACAGAAUGAAACACUGCCCGGUCGUGCGGUUUGAGCCCAUUGUUGCGGCCAUUGUGUCAGUCCAUCUUGUCAAGGGCCUUCCUCUUUUUCGCUCACCCUCUACUUUACCAAGCAUGUUGUCCUUGUCCAGGGACUGGUCCCUCCUGAUACCGUGUCCAAAGUAUGUGAGACCAAGUCUCGCCAUCCUCACUUCUGAGGAGCUUUCUGCCUGUAUGUUUUCCAAGACAGAUUUCGUUCGUUCUUCUGGAAGUCUGUCAUGGAUUGAAUUGUGCUGUUAUAGCAGCACUGGAUGACUAAGACACAGGCCGUGGUAUAUUCAGUAUUCUUUGCCAACACCAUAAUUCAGAGGCAUCAGUUCUUUGGUUUUCUUAAUUCAUUGUCCAGCUUUCGUGUGCUUUUGAGGCAGUUAAAAAUGCCGUGGCUUGGGUCAGGCUCACUGUAGUGCUCAAAGUGACAUCUUUGCUUUUUAACACUUUAAAGAAGCCUUUUACAGCAGAUUUGCCCAAUGCAAUACUUUGUUUUCUCGAGCUGCCUUUGAAAUCUUCUGUUUGAUUUUUUGAAGGCUAGUUACGUUGGCGUUCAUUGUGGGUCUGAGUAAAAUAAACUCCUUGCAACUUCUAUCUUUUCUCUGUUUAUCAUGAUGUUGCUUGUUGGUCCAGUUGUGAAGAUUUUCACUUUAUGUUGAGGUGUAAUUCAUAUCAAAGGUUGUAGUCUUUGAUCGUCCUCAGUAAGUGCUUUAAAUCCUCUCCGCUUUCAGCAAGUGAGGUUGUGUCAUUUGCGUGUUGCAGGUUGUUUUAAUGAAUCUUCCUCCAAUCCUGAUGCCACGUUCUUUUUCAUAUAGUCCAGCAUCUUAGAUUAUUUGCUCAGCACGCAGAUUAAAUAAGUAUGGUGAAAGGACACAAUCUUGAUGCACACCUUUCCUGAUUUUAAACCACGCGGUAUCCCCAUGUUCUGUCUGAGCAGUGACCGCAUCUUGGUCUGUAUACAGCUUCCUGAGCAUGAUUAAGUGUUCUUGUAUUCCCACCCUUCACGAUGUUCUCCAUAAUUUGUCAUGAUCCACAUUAUCUUUAAAGCAGAGGUAAACAUCUUUCUGGUAUUCUCUGCAUUCAGCCAGGACCCAUUCAGCAUCAGCAGUGAUAUCCCUUGUUCCAUGUUGUCUCCUGAAUCUGGCUUCAGUUUUCGGUAGUUCUCUGUUGAUGUACUGCUGUAACCAUUUUUCAAUGAUAUUCAGCAAAAUUUUAGUUGUGUGUGAUAUUAAUGAUAUUGUUCAAUAAUUUCCACAUUCUGUUGGAUCACCUUUCUUUGGAAUGGGCACAAAUACGGAUCUAUUCCAGUCGGUUGGCCGGGUAGCUGUCUUCGGAAUUCCUUGGCACGGACGAGUGAGUGCUUCCAGUGUUGCAUCCAUUUGUUGAAAUACCUGCAUUGGUAUUCCAUCAGCGCCUGGUUCCUUGUUUUUCACAAGUGUCUUUAGGGCAGCUUGGACUUGUCUCUUCAGUACCAUUGGUUCUUGAUCACAUGCUGCUUCCCGAAAUGGUCGAAUGUCAACCAGUUGCGUUCCUUUCAUCUUCUUUUGAUGCUUCCUGUGUCAUUUAAUAUUUUGCCCAUAGAAUCCUUCGGUAUCGCAACUCGAGACUUGAAUUUUUUCUUCAGUUCUUUCGGCUUGAGAAAUGCCGAACGUGUUUUCCCAUUUGGUUUUCUAACUGCAGGUCUUUGCACAUGUCAUUAUAAUACUUUACUUUGUCUUCUCAAGUUGCUGUUUGAAAUCUUCUGUUCAGCUCUUUUACUUCAUAAUUUCUUCUAUUUGCUUUAGCUACUUGACAUUCAAGAACAAGUUGCAGAGUCUCUUCUGACAUCCAUUUUGGUCCUUUCUUUCUUGUCUUUUUAAUGACCUUUUGCUUUUUCAUGUAUGAUGUCCUUGAUGUAAUCUUGCAGCUCGUCUGGUGUUUGGUCAUUAGCGUUCAGUGCAUCAUAUGUAUUCUUGAGAUAGUCUCAAUUCGGGUGGGAUAUACUCAGGGUUGUACUUUGGCUCUCAUGGACUUUUUUUCAUUUUCUUCAGCUUCAGCUUGAACUUCCUUAUGAGCAAUUGAUGGUCUCCCUCCCUGUUUGGCCCUGGCCUUUUUCUGACUGAUGUUAUUAUGAUUUUCCACCGUCCGUUUCCACAGAUGUAGUCGAUUUGAUUCUUGUGUAUUCCAUCUGGUGAGGUCCACGUGCAUAGUCAUUGUUUAUGGUGUCUAAAAAAGGUAUUUGCAAUGAAGAGGUCGUUGGUCUUGCAAAAUGCUGCCAUGCAAUCUCUAGCAUCAUUUCUGUCACCAAGACCAUAUUUUCCAACUACUGAUCCUUCUUUGUUUCCAACUUUCACAUUCCAAUCACCAGUAAUUAUCAGUGCAUCUUGAUUGCAUGUUUGAUCAAUUUCAGACUGCAGAAGUUGGUAAGAAUCUUCAUUUUUUUAUCUUUGACAUUAGUGGUUGGUGGGUAAAUUUGAAUAUUUAUGUUAACUGGUCUUCCUUGUAGUCGGAUAGAUAUUAUCCUGUCACCGACAGUGUUGUACUUCAGGAUAGAUCUGGAAAUGUUCUUUUUGACAAUGAACGAGAUGCCAUUCCAUUUGAAUUUGUCAUUCCCGGCAUAGUAGACCAUCCGAUUGUCCGAUUCAGUAUGGCCAAUACCAGUCUAUUUCAGCUCACUGAUGCCUAGGAUAUCUGACUUUAGGCAUUCUGUUUCAUUUUUGACAACUUCCAGUUUUCCUUGAUUCACAUUCCACGUUCCAGUUAUUAAUGAAUGUUUGCAGCUGUUUCUUCUCAUUUUGAGUCAUUCCACAUCAGCAAAUGAAUGUCCUGAAUUUUUUACUCUAUCCAUGUCAUUAAGGUGGACUCCACUUUGAGGAGGCAGUGCUUGCCCAGUUGUAUUUUGAGUGCCUUCCAAUCUGAGGGGCUCAUCUUCCAGCACUAUAUCAGACAAUCUUUAGCUGCUAUCUGUAAGGUUUUCUCUGGCUAAUUUUUUUUAGAAGUAGAUCACCAGGUCCUUCUUCCUAGUCUGUCUUAGUCUGGAAGCUCUGCUGCAGUCUGUCCACCAUGGGUGACCCUGCUGGUAUUUGAAGUAUUGGUGGCAUAGAUUUCAGCAUCACAGCAACACACAAGCCACCAUAGUGUGAGAAACUGACAGAUGAGUGGUGGCUAAUGGUAGAUUUCAUAAAUUAGUCUGACAGUAGUGAGCACAUGCAGCUAAGUCGAAAUGAUUUGCUCUAGAUACCACACAUACAGAAUUUGUGGGUAAAGACACAAAAUCCCUCAUUGAGGGAGUAGAGACUGACUUCUGUUUUUGUCAGAAAGCCAAAAGUUGCGGUUGUGGAGUAAGACAUUAAUAAAUAGGUAAAGGGGAUUUGUUGGUAACACACAGGAAGAUGCAGAAUAAGAACAUGCGUGGGGCGUGAGACACGGUUGUUGUGUGCUGUCGAGUUGAUUCCGACUCAUAGCAACCCUAUAGGAUGGAGUAGAACUUCUCCAUAGGGUUUGCAAGCCUGUAAUCUUUACAGAAGCAGAUCACUAGGUUUUUCCUCCUGAGGAGCACCUGGUGGGUUUGAACCACCGACGUUUCAGUUAGCCGCCCAGCACUUAACUAUUUUUACCCCUUCCUUGCUCUUGACUCAGCCUUUGGCAAUACAGUAGGUAAUGACAGGUGCUGCUUACACAAUAUCAGACUUUGAAAGUAAUCUGUCUGUUCGAAGUAAAUAGUAUGGAAUUACGUGAAGCUGAAAAUUUCCAUCUUCUUCUGUCCUAAUACAUGAGGAACAGUUGUGUUAUUUAUUCAGAGAGUUUUUUCCCUGUGUUUAUGUAAGUAAACAUAUUAGGUUAAAAAGUGUAAAUUGAAUCAAAUUACAUGUAUAUUUCUGACUUGUUUUUUUUAACAUAUAUUACGAAAAUUUUUCUAUGUUAGUGUUGUUAUUAAUAGCAGCCAGUAUUCCAUUAUAUUAAAGCACCGUAACCGUUUGCCUAUUGACGGACAUUUAGGUUUUUUCCAGAUUUUGCCAUUAAAAACUACUUAAGAACAAUGUUGCAUGUAUUGAAGCCCUGGCGGUGCAGGGGUUAAGAUUUUAGUUGCUAACCCAAACCUUGGCGGUUCGAAUCCACCACCCACUCCUUGGAAACCCUACGGGGCAGCUCUUCUGUGUCCUGUAGGGUCACUAUAAUUAGGAUCAACUUGAUGGCAGUGGGUUUUGGUUGUAUAUACUGUCUUUGUCUACAGGAUAUGUCUAAUUUAGAGUAAAUCUUAGAGCUGCUGGGUCACAUGGUGUACAUGUUUGAAAUAUGGACAGACAGUGCCAAACUACCCACUUAAUAGGUUGUGCUCAUUUAUACUUCCGUUCGUCAGGUAUAUGAGUGUGUUUCCUUUAUACCUUCACUACCACUGAAUACUUUUGUAACCCUUGCUAGUCUAGUGGAUGUAAAAUGACUUUUUUUAUGUUUUAAUUUGCAUCCCUUUAAUUGUUGUUGUUGUUGUUGGGUGCCGUCGAGUCGGUUCCGACACAUAGCGACCCUGUGCACAACAGAAUGAAACACUGCCUGGUCCUGCGCCAUCCUUACAGUCGUCGUUAUGCUUGAUCUCAUUGUUGCAGCCACUGUGUCAGUCCACCUUGUUGAGGGUCUUCCUCUUUUCCGCUGACCCUGUACUCUGCCAAGCAUGAUGUCCUUCUCCAGGGACUGAUCCCUCCUGACAACAUGUCCAAAGUAUGUAAGACGCAGUCUCGCCAUCCUUGCCUCUAAGGAGCAUUCUGGCUGCACUUCUUGCAAGACAGAUUUGUUCGUUUUUUUGGCAGUCCAUGAUAUGUCCAAUAUUCUUCGCCAACACCACAGUUCAAAGGCGUCAACUCUUCUUCAGUCUUCCGUAUUCAUUGUCCAGCUUUCGCAUGCAUAUGAUGUGAUUGAAAAUACGAUGGCUUGGGUCAGGCGCACCUUAGUCUUCAGGGUGACAUCUUUGCUCUUCAACAUUUUGAAGAGGUCCUUUGCAAUAGAUUUGCCCAAUGCACUGUAUCUUUUGAUUUCUUGACUGCUGCUUCCAUGGCUGUCGAUUGUGGAUCCAAGUAAAAUGAAAUACUUGACAACUUCAGUCUUUUCUCCAUUUAUCAUGAUGUUGCUCAUUGGUCCAGUUGUGAGGAUUUUUGUUUUCUUUAUGUUGAGGUGUAAUCCAUACUGAAGGCUGUGGUCUUUGAUCUUCAUUAGUCCCUUUAAUUAUACAAUGUUAUUUUUGGUGGCUACAAGGUAUUUCACUAUGUGGUUUAUAAAGAAAAUGUUCUGUGUUCUACUUUGGUGAGUUAGCAUCUAGGUUCUUAAAAGCCUGUGAGCUGCCACCUAAGAUACUCCACUUUGCUUACGUCUUCAGGAGCCAGGGAGAAUGAAGAGAACUAAAGAUACACGGGAAAGAUUAGUCCAAAGGGACUAAUGGACCACGUCUGCCACGACCUCAGCCAGACUGAGUCCAGUACAACUAGAUGGUGCCCUGCAACCACCGUUGACUGCUCUGACAGGCAUCACAAUAGAGCGUCCUGGACAGAGCUGUAGAAAAAUGUAGAACAAAAUUCUAACUAGCAAAGAAAGACCAGACUUACUGGUCUGACAGGGACUGGAGAAACCGUGAAGAGUAUGGCCCCUGGACACCCUUUUAGCUCCGUAAUGAAGGUACUCCCAAGGUUUACCCGUCAGCCUGAGAUUAGACAGGCCCAUAAAACAAAAUGAGGUUAAAGGGUCACAACAGCCCGGGGGCAAGGACUAGAAGGCAGGAGGGGAUAGGAAAGCUGGUAAUAGGGACCUGAGGGUUGAGAAGGGAGAGUUUUGACAUGUCCUGGGGUUGUUAACCGAUGUCAUAAAAGGAUAUGUGUACUAACUGUUUAAUGAGAAACUAGUUUGUUCUGUAAACCUUCAUUUAAAGUACAAUUAAAAAAAAAAAUUCUAGCCAAAAUAUUUCACUCUGUGACUAUAGCCAAAAACCAAACUAGUGGCCGCCAUCUUGUUGAUUCCAAAUCAUGAUCCCCUGUGUUUUGCAGUAGAACUGCUUAUGGGGUUUUCAGUGGCUGUGACUUUUUGGAAGUAGAUUGCCAGGCUUUCCCCCCGAGGUACCUCUGGGUGGGUUAUGUGACUAUACCAUAACUUAAUGAAUUCCCUGGUGUCAAACGUUUACUUUGUUAGAUAUUACUCAUUUAUUCAGUAAAAAUCCAGGAAUGGCAUAGGGCGUUUUUUCCCCCCCUCUGACUUUUAAUUGCGUAUUUCAAACAUACAAAAGCAAAGGGAGACUAUAGUGAACUCCAUGUGCCCAUCAUACCAAAAAAAAAAACCAAACCUGUUGCCAGCGAGUCGAUUCUGACUCAGAGUGAUCUAUUGGACAGAGUAGAACUGCCCCGCGAGGUUUCCAAGGCUGUAAAUCUUCACAGAACAGACUGCCACAUCUUCCUCCUGUGGAGCUGCUGGUGGGUUUGAACUGCUGACCUUUCAGUUAGCAGCUGAGUGUUUAACCACUGGGCCAAGCAUGGUUAAUUACUAACUCAUAUCCAAUUUUAUUUCAUCUGUCUCCAUACCCACAUGUUAAAAUGAUUCACAUACCAUGAAUUUCAUUCCUUUCAGUGUACAAUUCAGUGGUUUUUAGUAUAUUUAUAGGAGUGUGCAACCAUCCCCAUUAUAUAAUUUCAGAACAUUUUCAUCACCCCAAGAAGAAACCUGAUGCCAUUAGCAGUCACUCCCUAUUUCUCCCCCAGUCUUCUCUCCUCUCCUCCCACCAGCCUUUGGCAACCACUAAUCUACUUCCUAUCUGUAUUUAUUUGCCUAUUCUGGACAUUUCUUACUAAUGAAAUCAUGUAAUAUUUCACUGAGCAUAAUGUUUUCGAGCACGUUCAUGUCAUAGCAUGUAUCAGAACUUCAUUUCUCUUUAUGGCUGAAUAACAGCCUGUUGUAUGGAUAAAGACCUCAUUUGGUUUAUCCACUCAUCAGUUGAUGGACAUUUGGGUUGUUUCCACAUUUUGGCUGUUAUGAAUAUGCUGCUGUGAACGUUUGAGUACAAGUUUUUCUGUGGGUAUAUGUUUUUCUUGAGUAUAUACCUAAAAGUGGAAUUGCUGGGUCAUGUGGUAAUUUUAAGUUUAACCUUUUGAGAAACUGCCAGACUUCUCCAGAGCGGGCUGUACCAUUUCACAUCCCCACCAGCAAUGCAGGAGAGUUGCAGUUUCUCCACGUGCUCCCCAACACUUUUUAUUGUCUUGUUUUGAUUACAGCCAUCCCAGUGGGUGUAAAGUGAUAUCUCAUUGUGAUUUUGAUUUGCAUUUCCCUGAUGGCUAAUAAUGUUGAGUAUCUUUUCAUGUCUUUAUUGGCUGUUUGUUGGUCUUUGGAGAAUCUUCUUUGGAGAAAUGUCUAUUCAGAUCCUUACUCCAUCUUUAAAUUCGGUUGUCUUUUCACUUUUGAGAUGUAAGAUUUCUUUAUGUAGUCUGGAUACUGGUCUCAGUUUGGAUGUGAUUUGCAAAUAUUCUCUCAUUCUGUGGGUCAUCUUACCAUUUUCUUGAUAGUUUCUUUGUAGCACCAAAGUUUUUCAUUUUGGUCAAGUCCCACUUACGUACUUUUGUGGCUAAUGCUUUUGGUGUCAUAUCCAAAAAAUCAUUGUCUGAUCCAAGGUCAUAAAGAUUGACUCCUCUGUUUUCCGUUUACAGUUUUAAUAGUACUGGGUCUUACUUUUAGAUCUCUGGUCCAUUUUCAGUUAAACUUUAUGAAGUGUGAGCUAGUGGUCCGGCUUCAUUCUUUUGCAUGUGGAUAUCCAAUUGUCCCAGCACCAUUUGUUGAAAAGGUUGUUCUUUCCCCCAUUGAAUUGUCUUGGCACCCUUGUCAAAAAUCAGUUGACUGUAAAUGUAAGAGUUUAUUUCUGAACUGUCAACUUAAUUCCAUUGAUCCGUAUGUCUGUCCUUAUGACAGUAUGAUACUGCCUUGAUUAUUGCACUUUCCUCAGGUUAUUAUUAUUUUUUUAUCGUGGUAAAAAUAUACACACCAAAAGAUUCACCAGUACAACCACUUCAACGUUUACAGCUCAGUGACAUCGAUUAUAUUUUUUUGUGUUGUGCCAUCAUUAUUGCUGUCCUUUUCCAAAAUAUUCUACCUCCAUUAACAUAAACUCCAUGCUCCCCCAAACAAAAACUCCUCUUUCCCCCUUCCUCCCACCCUUGGUAACCAGUAAUAACCUUUGGUCUCUGUAUGUGUUUAUUUCAUGUAAAUGAGAUCAUACAGUAUUUAUCCUUUUGUGACUGACUUAUUUUGCUCAGAGUCAUAUUUUUAAGGUUCAUCCAUGCUGUGGCAUGUAUCAGAACUUAGUUUCUCUUUACAGCUGCCUAAUAUUCCAUUGUGUGUAUAAACCUCAUUUUGUUUAUCCAGUCACCUGUUGAUGGACGUUUCGGUUGUUACCACCUUUUGGCUAUUGUGAAAACUGCUGCAAUGAACGUUGCUGUACAGGUUUCUGUUUGUGGUCGGCCUUCGCUUCUGGAGGUCGAAACAGUAGCAAAGGACUUCCUCAGCCUACGAUUUCAUUUGAUGGAAUCUAUGCAAACAUGAGGAUGGUUCAUAUACUUACGUCAGUUGUCGGAUCCAAAUGUGAAGUACAAGUGAAAAAUGGAGGUAUAUAUGAAGGAGUUUUUAAAACAUACAGUCCUAAGUGUGAUUUGGUACUUGAUGCUGCACAUGAGAAGAGUACAGAAUCCAAUUCGGGGCCAAAACGUGAAGAAAUAAUGGAGAGUAUCUUGUUCAAGUGUUCAGACUUUGUCGUGGUACAGUUUAAAGAUAUGGACUCUAGCUACGCAAGAAGAGUCCCUUCAGAAACAGAUGCGUUUACUGACUCUGCUAUCAGUGCUAAAGUGAAUGGUGAACACAAAGAGAAAGACCUGGAGCCGUGGGAUGCAGGUGAACUCACUACCACUGAGGAACUGGAGUCUUUGGAGAACGAUGUAUCUAAUGGAUGGGAUCCCAAUGAUAUGUUUCGAUAUAAUGAAGAAAAUUAUGGUGUAGUGUCUACAUAUGAUAGCAGUUUAUCUUCAUAUACGGUGCCCUUAGAAAGGGAUAACUCAGAAGAAUUUUUAAAACGGGAAGCAAGGGCAAACCAGUUAGCAGAAGAAAUUGAAUCAAGUGCCCAGUAUAAAGCCCGGGUGGCCCUGGAAAAUGAUGAUAGGAGCGAGGAAGAAAAAUACACAGCAGUUCAGAGAAAUUCCAGUGAACGUGAGGGGCACAACAUAAACACUAGGGAAAACAAGUAUAUUCCUCCUGGACAAAGAAAUAGAGAAGUCAUAUCCUGGGGAAGUGGGAGACAGAAUUCACCACGUAUGGGCCAGCCGGGAUCGGGCACCACGCCAUCGAGAUCCACCUCUCACACUUCAGAUUUCAGCCCGAAUGCUGGUUCAGACCAAAGAGUAGUUAAUGGAGGUGUUCCCUGGCCAUCGCCUUGCCCAUCUCCUUCCUCUCGCCCACCUUCUCGCUACCAGUCAGGUCCCAACUCUCUUCCACCUCGGGCAGCCACCCCUACACGGCCGCCCUCCAGGCCCCCCUCGCGGCCAUCCAGGCCCCCGUCUCACCCCUCUGCUCAUGGUUCUCCAGCUCCUGUCUCUACUAUGCCUAAACGCAUGUCUUCAGAAGGGCCUCCAAGGAUGUCCCCAAAGGCUCAGCGACACCCUCGAAAUCACAGAGUUUCUGCUGGGAGGGGUUCCAUUUCCAGUGGCUUAGAAUUUGUAUCCCACAACCCACCCAGUGAAGCAGCUACUCCUCCAGUGGCAAGGACCAGCCCUGCAGGGGGAACGUGGUCGUCAGUAGUCAGUGGGGUUUCAAGGUUAUCCCCUAAAACUCACAGACCCAGGUCUCCCAGACAGAACAGUAUUGGGAAUACUCCCAGUGGGCCAGUUGUUGCUUCUCCCCAAGCUGGUAUUAUUCCGACAGAAGCCGUUGCCAUGCCUGUUCCAGCUGCGUCUCCUACGCCUGCUAGUCCUGCAUCCAACAGAGCUGUCACCCCGUCUACGGAGGCUAAAGAUUCCAGACUUCAAGACCAGAGGCAGAACUCUCCUGCAGGGAAUAAAGAAAAUAUUAAGCCCAGUGAGACAUCACCUAGUUUUUCAAAAGCUGAAAAUAAAGGUAUAUCACCAAUUGUUUCUGAACAUAGAAAACAGAUUGAUGAUUUAAAGAAGUUUAAGAAUGAUUUUAGGUUACAGCCAAGUUCAACUUCUGAUUCUGUGGAUCAACUGCUAAACAAAAAUAGAGAGGGAGAAAAAUCAAGAGAUUUGAUCAAAGACAAAAUUGAACCAAGUACUAAGGAUUCUUUCCUUGAGAAUAGCAGCAGCAACUGCACCAGCGGCAGCAGCAAGCCCAACAGCCCCAGCAUUUCCCCCUCGGUACUCAGUAACGCGGAGCACAAGCGAGGACCAGAGGUCACAUCCCAGGGGGUUCAGACUUCCAGUCCAGGAUGUAAACCAGACAAGGAUGAUAAGGAGGAGAAGAAAGAUGCAGCUGAGCAAGUCAGGAAAUCCACAUUGAAUCCCAACGCAAAGGAGUUCAACCCGCGUUCCUUUUCUCAGCCAAAGCCUUCUACCACCCCAACUUCGCCUCGGCCUCAAGCACAACCAAGCCCAUCUAUGGUGGGUCAUCAGCAGCCAACUCCAGUUUAUACUCAGCCGGUUUGUUUUGCACCAAAUAUGAUGUAUCCAGUCCCAGUGAGCCCGGGCGUGCAACCUUUAUACCCAAUACCUAUGACGCCCAUGCCAGUGAACCAAGCCAAGACAUAUAGAGCAGGUAAAGUACCAAAUAUGCCCCAACAGCGGCAAGACCAGCAUCAUCAGAGCACCAUGAUGCACCCAGCCUCUGCGGCAGGCCCCCCCAUUGUAGCCACCCCUCCAGCUUAUUCCACGCAAUAUGUUGCCUAUAGUCCUCAGCAGUUUCCAAACCAGCCUCUUGUUCCGCAUGUGCCACAUUAUCAGUCUCAGCAUCCUCAUGUCUAUAGUCCUGUAAUACAGGGUAAUGCUAGGAUGAUGGCACCUCCAACACAUGCCCAGCCUGGUUUAGUAUCUUCUUCAGCAACUCAGUACGGGGCUCAUGAGCAGACGCAUGCGAUGUAUGCAUGUCCCAAAUUACCAUACAACAAGGAGACAAGCCCUUCUUUCUACUUUGCCAUUUCCACUGGUUCCCUUGCUCAGCAGUAUGCGCACCCCAACGCUACCCUGCACCCACAUACUCCACAUCCUCAGCCUUCGGCUACCCCCACCGGACAACAGCAAAGCCAACAUGGUGGAAGUCACCCUGCCCCCAGCCCCGUUCAGCACCAUCAGCACCAGGCGGCCCAGGCUCUCCAUCUGGCCAGUCCACAGCAGCAGUCAGCCAUCUACCACGCGGGGCUCGCGCCAACCCCACCCUCCAUGACACCUGCCUCCAACACGCAGUCGCCACAAAAUAGUUUCCCAACAGCACAACAAACCGUCUUUACGAUCCAUCCUUCUCAUGUUCAGCCGGCAUACACCAAUCCACCCCACAUGGCCCACGUACCUCAGGCUCAUGUACAGUCAGGAAUGGUUCCUUCUCAUCCAACUGCCCAUGCGCCAAUGAUGCUAAUGACGACACAGCCACCCGGCGGUCCCCAGGCCGCCCUCGCUCAAAGUGCACUACAGCCCAUUCCAGUCUCGACAACAGCGCAUUUCCCCUAUAUGACGCACCCUUCAGGUGAGGCGUGUGUGUGCAGGGGCCGCCGGGGCACCCAAAGCAUUCUGCUCGCACAGGGCAAAGGGCAGGCAGGGCCAGCGCUUCACACCCCACGUUGGAGAGCUAGCAAGAUCCGUUCCAGUGCGCACAGUAGGGACUGUGACGGUCAGCUCAGUGUCAGGGCCUGAGGCUCCCGGAGCCUAGUCUGUGUGUUCUUUGGUCUCCAGGAUUUGGCUUGAUGAGCAGCAGCAGCAGAAGUCUGGGUGGCUGGCGCAUGCCUAGGACUCAGUUGGCCUUCUUUGUUACGACAGGCUGGACAGGGCGGCGUGUUCCGUCCUGAGGCCCAGCAGUCUGCCAUGUGGGGGGUUGUCACCAGAGCAGAGUUUGAGUGGAGCUCUGAGAACACUCCUGGUGCACAGGUGCUGUGUGUGGUUGGUGGUGAGUGCAGUGUCAGCUCCAGUCCACGCCCCGCAGGGAGGCUGCCGUGGCUUUAUUCACAGGCGAACUUCUACUCUGAAAGCAGUACUGGUGCUUGGCCUAGUAUUUUGGGAGGGGGUACGUUAAGUAAGGCCUUUUUCCUAGCCCAUGGGCAAGAAGUCUUGUAGGAGUUUUAUCUGAAAUGGUUUUAUGUCUGACUGGUUUGUUUCUACCCACCCUCCCUCCCCCCACCCCCCCAUGCAGAUGGGAGGGAAAAAGUGAAUUUAAUCUUGAGUCUUGCUGAGCUAGCACAAGGAUAGUGUACAGUCGUGUGCUGCAGACACUAGGCUCAUGUGGUGUUGCCAGUUUUGUGUUUAAAUAUUCCCUUUUCUUUCUUACAGUACAAGCCCACCACCAACAGCAGUUGUAAGGCUGCCCUGGAGGAACCCAAAGGCCAAAUCCCCUCCUCCCUUCUACUGCUUCUACCAACUGGAAGCACAGAAAACUAGAAUUUCAUUUAUUUUGUUUUUAAAAAUAUACGUUGAUUUCUUGUAACAUCCAAUAGGAAUGCUAACAGUUCACCUUGCAGUGAAAGACAUUUGGACCGAAUAGCGGCAUUUAGGAACUUGUGGGCCGUUCCAUAAUUCCAUCUGCUGUUCAGAGUCCCGCAAGUACCCUAGCUCUGCUUGCUGAAACUGGAAGUUAUUUAUUUUUUAAUGACCCUUUGAAAGUCAUAAACACAUCAGCUAGCAAAAGAAGUAACAAGAGUGAUUCUUGCUAUUACUGCUAAAAAAAAAAAUCAAGACUCGGAACACCCUUUUACUAAACUCAACAAAGGUUCAGUAAAUUCUUACCGUCAUACCGGCGGAUUAUUAUUUAUAAAUCAAGUUUGAUGAGCUGAUCACUGUCUACAGUGGUUCAACUUUUAAGUUAAGGGAAAAACUUUUACUUUGUAGAUAAUAUAAAAUAAAAACUUAAAAAAAAUUAAAAAAUAAAAAAAGUUUUAAAAACUGA